AACGGGUCUCAUCUUUGCAUAUUAGAUAACUCUGGCUUUUUUCUUCUUUUUUUUGGGUCCUACUUCCUAGUUGUAUGUAUAUAGCACCGGCCAUAUUUUUGUGCAUAUGUAGGCAUUCACUUAAUUGAUCCUAAUGUUCCUACAAGAUCGAAAGUCCUUAGAAUAGUAUGCCUGCUCAUAGUACUUUAAUUUUUAUAUUUUGCUGUCUUGCUGUAACAUUUUAACAUUGCUAUGUUAAUAUCGUAUGAAUGAUAGAUGAAUGUAACCCCAAAGUACGCGGGUGGAACCUACAAGUUUCAAGUUUCAGUUUCAUUUUAGGAUUUUGAAUCAAUUUACCGAAGUGUGGACUAUUGUGUUAGAAGUGACCUUAGAUCUAGAGGACUGUUGCUGCAAUUAAUAAUUUAAGAAGUUAUAUAAAGAAAUGUUCAAAUAAAUAAUGAAUUACCUUCCUAUGUACCACAUAAUUAAGUUUAUAAUUAAAAUUUUAUGCAAUAUAUUUUAUGUCAGAGUUGAAAUCUGUUAUGUAAAUGACAAUAGGGAAUAUAUCGUAUUGAAUUAAAUUAUUUUAAUUUCAUUAUUUCCAUAGGUUAAAAUCAUAUAGCAGUCAGUUAACAAAUUGACUUUUAUUAAUUUAUUUUUUAUAAUCCCAUUUUCCAUUUAAGUUUCCAUUUUCCAUUUAAGAACAUUGUUCACCUGAAACAAUUCUACUCUGAACAACUUUGUAAAUCACUGAUGUCUUAAUAAAAAUUAAAAGGAGCAACAACAAAACAAAAAAGCUGUAUAGAGGUUUUUGUGUCAAUAUUUUUCUUAAGAUUAGAAGUUAAUUAUGUUAAUUGAAUGUAGUACUGGUUAACAGCACUAGUGCUUGUAGUUCAGUGUACAGCCAGCAGAUGGCAAUCUUACAAAUUCUAAUAGACUAAAAGAAAGUGUUUCAUUGAAAUAUUCCUAGUUUCUACAGAUUGUUAAUAAGCUCGAUUUUGCCUGUUGGUUUAUUUUCAUCUGCAGAUGAGGCCCCAGCAUAAUGAUGCCAUGUAUUUUAGUGGCAUUUUCAAAUUAACUUUCUUGAAAUAAAGACCAAAAAAGACAGUUUUUUACUUCCUGUUAGGAGUGAAGUAUUGUUGACCCGUUUUCAGGAAUACUAAUAGAAAGCACAUUUUGAUUUGCUUGAGCCAAGAUAUUUCCAAGGUACCAGAAACCAUAGUACAGUGGGUAGGGCAUUUGCCUUGCACGCGGGCCAACCCGGGUUCGAUUCCUCCGCUCCUCUUGGAGAGCCCUGCAAGCUACCAAGAUUAUCUCGCCCCCACAGCAGAGCUUGGCAAGUUACCCGUGGCAUAUUCCGUAUGCUAAAACCAGUAACUACAAGUCUCACAACGGAGACGUUACUGGUGCCUGCUCGAGCAAAUCGAUGAACAACGGGAUGACAGUGACAGUGACCAGAAAGGUUAACAAUCAAGAUGGUACAUGCUGAAGCCUUUUCUCGUCCUUUGAGUCGGAAUGAAGUUGUUGGUUUAAUUUUUCGUUUGACAAUAUUUGGUGCAGUAACAUACUUUACAAUCAAGUGGAUGGUAGAUGCAAUUGAUCCAACCAGAAAGCAAAAAGUAGAAGCUCAAAAACAGGCAGAAAAACUAAUGAAGCAAAUUGGUGUGAAAAAUGUGAAGCUUUCAGAAUAUGAGAUGAGUAUUGCUGCCCAUCUAGUAGACCCUCUUAACAUGCAUGUUACUUGGAGUGAUAUUGCAGGUUUAGAUGAUGUCAUUACAGAUCUGAAAGACACAGUCAUCUUGCCUAUUAAAAAGAAGCACUUGUUUGAAAAUUCCAGGCUUCUUCAGCCUCCAAAAGGUGUUCUCCUCUAUGGGCCUCCAGGCUGUGGUAAAACUUUGAUUGCCAAGGCUACGGCCAAAGAAGCAGGCUGUCGAUUCAUCAACCUUCAGCCUUCCACGCUGACUGAUAAGUGGUAUGGAGAAUCUCAGAAGUUGGCCGCUGCUGUUUUCUCCCUCGCCAUAAAGCUGCAGCCCUCCAUCAUCUUUAUAGAUGAAAUUGACUCCUUCCUACGAAAUCGUUCAAGUUCUGACCAUGAAGCCACAGCCAUGAUGAAAGCUCAGUUUAUGAGUCUCUGGGAUGGAUUGGAUACUGAUCAUAGCUGCCAGGUCAUAGUGAUGGGAGCUACUAAUCGUCCUCAGGAUCUUGACUCAGCUAUUAUGAGAAGGAUGCCAACAAGAUUUCAUAUCAAUCAGCCAGCUUUAAAACAAAGAGAAGCAAUCCUCAAACUCAUCUUGAAAAAUGAAAAUGUGGAUAGACAUGUGGACCUGUUAGAAGUAGCCCAGGAAACUGAUGGGUUUUCCGGAAGUGACCUAAAGGAGAUGUGUCGAGACGCUGCCCUCCUUUGUGUUAGGGAAUAUGUUAAUUCGGCAUCAGAAGAAAGCCAUGAUGAAGAUGAAAUUCGACCUGUGCAACAACAGGACCUGCAUCGGGCAAUAGAAAAGAUGAAGAAGUCAAAGGAUGCAGCAUUUCAGAAUGUUUUAACACACGUUUGUUUAGAUUAAGAGUAAAGAUCAUUUGUACAGUUCAGUGUGACCCAGUUUGGUGUGCCCUUUUAUUAGUGGAAAUAGAGUCAAAGGAGUGUUCUUUAACCAGUGAGGGAGUCAAAUGUUUGACGCUUUUUUUAUACUCUGAAUUCUAAGUUAUUGAGAUACAGUUCUGUUGGUGGUAUUACUACUGUCACAAAUCAUGAGGAGGAACAAUUUGAUCCAUCUUGACUGUGGGUGCUUGUGUUUGACCUCUUUAGCCAUAUGUUGCAGCCUUAUAGCAUCUAAGCUGGUCUUAAAAUAACAGAUGAGUGAGUCAUUGAGACAUUAGUGAGAAAUGGGGAUGUGAUUUAAGUGCCGGUUUCUAGAUACAUAUGUGUGUAUGUAUGUAUGUGUGUAUAUUAAGUGUAUAUAUUCACACAUUUUAUAUUGACAUUCUGUAGAUAUGUUUGAAUACAAGAACUUUUUUUAAUCCACCUACUGAAUCAAAAAGUACCAAAUAGUCUAUACAGAAAAAUGAAGAUUUAAAGUUGUGUCUGAAAGGUACAGUGAUUCAGUUAUUUCCAAUUGUCACAUUUUUUUUUAAAGUUAUAGCAUUUUAUUUCCUGUGGUUCAGUAGUUAGAAGUAAGCAACAUCUGAAUACUUAGAUGUAGCACUGUAGCACUGUCCUCCCAUUGCUCAUCGAUUUGCUCGAUUGGGCACCAGUAACGUCUCCAUUGUAAGACUUUUUACUGUUUUUGGCAUAUUGAAUACGCCAUGGGUAGCUUGCCAGGCUCUGCCUUGUGGGCGGGAUACUCUCGGUAGCUCGCUGGGCUCUCCAAGAGGGACGGAGGAAUCGAACCCGGGUCAGCCGCGUACAAGGCAAACGCCCUACCCACUUUAGGUGUAGUUUAAUUAUUGUGGUUGCCAUGAUAAUAAAAGUACUCAUUCAUUGAUCACAUUGAAUGGUUGUCAUGCAGUUGUGAGAGUUACAUCAGUUUCACCUCUUUCUGUAAGCACAGUGGGCUAAACAUUUGUUUUAGUUGCUGUGUGUAAAGGUGGACUGAUCGUCUUUCCCAGAAUGGCUUUGAAAAAGCCCAGGACAUUACAAGCCAUGAAUGGGACUUUCCUUUCUUCAGCUAAUGUAACAUAGUUCUGUUGUAACCGUAUUUUUCAAAUGUUAUUUUAAAGUUAUCCCUUUAUUAGGAUCAAAUACCAUGUGGUCAUUAAAAAAAAUGAAAUAUGUUUAAAACAAGUAGGUGUUACUAAACAUGCUAAAAAUACUCAUUAAUUUUCUUUUUUUAAUUCUCUUAGUAUAGGUUGUGCCCAAGUUAGGCCAGACAUCUACAUCAGAAUUCCCAUAUUAACAUCUAGAGUCAUUUGAUGCCUUGUGCAUUACCUUUGAAAAAUAUUGUUAUGACCAAUAUUUCACUAACCAGAAUUUUGUUACAAGCACUUAAACACAGCAUGAGGAAAAUGGCACAAUAUGAUCUUGAGGUGCGUGCCUUCUGAAUCAUCAGUAAGAUUAAAUUAUGCUUAAUAUAUUUUGUUUUUAUUGUAUUUCUUUGAAAAUUUUGUCUUUAUUUGUGAGUUACUGAGUUAAUUUCUUUCAUAGUGAGUCUCUCACUAGUCUGUUGGAUAGUUUAUUCUCUUAAAAUUGUGUUUUUGUGAGUGGCACAGAGAUUGUAGGAAAACACUUGAUUCGAUAAUGAAAGCCAGUUUUUAAAAUAGUCAAGAUGAUUGAAAAAUUAAAUGCAAAACACAAGAUACCAAAAAUAAAAAUUUCAUUUCCAUUUUUAAUAACUAUUAUGCUAUUAUUUAAUAAAUUGUAAUAAAGAGGUA